GGCGUGAUGGAUUAAUCGAUUGGUGGACACGACUUUCAGGAUACUUUUGAACAAUUCAACGUCUCGUUUUCGUCGAGAACACCGAAGGUCCUUGUGUUAGUAUCUUCUUUGUAGACAUCAUUCCGAUCAUAGGUCGAUAUUUGGACCUUCAGUGAUCAUGGCGUCUGUUGGUGAGCCACAACCUUCUUCUAAUUCCAAUUCUCCUACGUAUGUGAAGCUGAAAGGACAUCAUAAAUUAGCAUUUUCUCUGCUGUCUCGUGCUCUCGAAAUAGAGGAGAAAGGAGGAGAGCGACAAGACGCCAUUCCACUCUACGAAGCUGGUAUUGCAGAGCUCGAGAAAGGCUUGGAAUUGGAAUUGACGGAAUUCGAUGCUCCCAAAGCGCAUUCACUGCAGGCACAUAUGGUGCAGAACCUGACGAGUAUGCGGGACAGAGUGGCAGAGUUAGUGUCCUCAGCACCAACAUCUAAAGCAGAACCUACCAAGAAUGUGCCCACAAGUGCACCGUCAUCGCGGCCAACUGGUGCUGUCACAACCUUCAGGCCUGUCAGACCUGUAGUUACAGGAAGCGACUUCCACGACCCACCCUCCGUGAAACGAGCAAAGGAGUUGGAAUCGAAAUAUGGCCCUCCUCGUCCACCCACCGCAGCGCCGUCUUCAAGUUCUGCAGCUAGGGCAAGUAGUGCACGAUUUCCAACUUCAGCAGCAUCGGCAGCAGCAUCACCGAAACUCGCAUCAGCCAAGCGACAGCCGUCUGCCGGUGGUGUGUUGAAAGGAGUGGACUCCAAGUUGGCCAACAUCAUCAUGGACAAUAUGGUGGAUAGGAGUCCUGGAGUGGCUUGGGAUGAUGUAGCUGGCUUGGAACUUGCAAAGCGAUCUCUUCAGGAGCUUGUCAUUCUGCCGUCUAUCCGCCCAGAGCUCUUCACUGGCUUACGGACACCGGCACGUGGCUUACUGUUAUUUGGUCCACCGGGCAAUGGCAAGACAAUGCUGGCCAAAGCUGUAGCCAGUGAGGCAGAUUGCAGAUUCUUCAGUAUCAGUGCAUCAUCUCUUAUGUCCAAGUGGGUCGGCGAAGCAGAGAAACUUGUGCGGGCUUUGUUUGCUGUUGCCCAAGAAGUUCAACCAUCGAUCAUCUUCAUUGAUGAGAUAGAUUCCAUUCUAUCAAGUCGUACAGAAGGGGAUACUGGCUCCAGCAUGCGCUUGAAGACCGAGUUCUUGGUGUCAUUUGAUGGUGUGUUGUCCAGUGUCGAUGACCGCGUGCUGGUGAUUGGUGCGACAAACCGUCCUCAAGAGUUGGACGAGGCAGUACUCAGACGUCUAGUCAAGCGUAUCUAUAUUCCCUGCCCCGAUGAGAAGACCCGCCAUGUCAUCCUUGAGAAACUACUUCACAAGCAGAGGUCUAGCAUAACAGCCCGCCAGCUGCAGACAAUUGCAAGGUCAAAGACGGUGAACUUUUCUGCCAGUGAUAUCACUGCGCUGGCAAAGGAAGCAGCUCUCGGCCCCAUUCGUGAAAUGGACCUGGCAACAAUGCGAACGUUACCUGCAGAUCAGGUUCGGCCAAUCAGCUAUAAUGACUUCGAGGAGGCUCUGAGAGUUAUUCGACCGAGCCUGUCUGCAGCUUCUCGCACUAUGUACGAGCAGUGGAAUCGCGACUUUGGCUGCAGCACUAUUUGAACUCUUCCCUCUUCGAGUUUUCGAUAGUGGACCAUUGCUGUUGCUUUGGAUGGAUUGUUGGCAUGCUUUCUCUGGGCUGUACACAGCCUGUCUGCUUGUAUCACUCUCCGUUUACUCGUGUUCAAUCACAUUUCUUAUAUUUCCAAUUAUUUUGUCCAUAGCUUAGCCAGUUUUUAGUCAGUACCUGUAUAAACCACCCUGUCAACAAAGUACAAAUUACCAAUAUGACAGUGACCUUAGGUGAUUUUCUCAUAUCUGCAUCAUAGAAUUAUUCCUCUUGCCACAUUCUAAUAGUAAGCGUGCUGGGUUUUUUUUUAAUUUCUUUCUUGGCUGCAUGAUUUUUCAUGUUGAGAUCCUGCGUGAUUUUAUUGUAGCUAAUUCUGUAGAACAGUUUUGCUCUAGAGUCACGUGCCAUACAAAGGGUCACCCACUGACGUCAAUCAGAGCUCGUUGACCAAGGACUUAGCUCGUUG